GAGAAGCCGCAGCUGCACAUUCGCCCUGAGCCCCGGAGCCUGGGAUCGCGCCGCCGUCACCGGGGAGCUACUAGCUUCCCCGGCCCGGGCCUCAGCGCAGCCGGCUGGGCCAUGGCAGCCGCCGCGCUCCGGGGCCGUCGCUGAACAGCCGUUAAGCCCCCCGCCCGGGUCGGGUCCGCGCUGCCGCGGCCCAGGCUCCGCUCAAGUUUCCGCCCAGAAACCGAGGCGACCGCGGGCCCCGAGCUCCAGGCUCGCCCGCUCGCCCGCUAUGUGGGGCCGUUUCCUGGCCCCGGAGGCUGGCGGCCGGGACAGCCCCAGCGGGGCCCGCAGCUUCCCUGCGGGCUCGGAUUAUUCAUCAGCAUGGUUACCUGGUAAUGAAUCAUUAUGGCAGGCGACAGCUGUUCCAUCUAACCAUCGAAAUAACCAUCUCAGAAGACACAGUAUAACGUCUGAUAGUGGAGACACUGGCAUUGGCACUUCUUGUUCUGACAGUGUGGAAGAUCAUUCAACUUCAAGUGGCACGUUAUCUUUCAAGCCUAGUCGAUCAUUGGUCACGCUUCCCACUGCCCAUGUGAUGCCAUCUAACUCCAGUGCUUCAGUUUCCAAACAUAGGGAAUCUCUAACAUCAGAUGGCUCUAAAUGGAGUACUAGCCUCAUGCAGACACUGGGAGACCACAGCAGAGGGGAGCGGGACUCCUCCCUAGACAUGAAGGACUUCAGGCCCCUGCGGAAAUGGUCAUCUUUGUCCAAACUUACUGCCCCAGAUAACUGCAACCACAGUGGCAUUGCAUACCCGCAAGAACUGAGGAACAGCUUGGAGAUGACAGGGAAGGGCAAGCCUUUUAUGUCCCACAUAAGGACCUUUGGGCCGAGUUGCUUACAUGACAGUAUGGAGAUGCUUAAACUGGAAGACAAGGAAAUAAAUAAAAAGCGGUCAUCAACUCUGGACUGCAAAUAUAAAUUUGAGAGCUGCAACAAAGAAGAUGUCAGAGUCUCUUCCUCUGCUCUCAGGAGACAGACUUUAGACAUGACAUACAGUGCCUUACCUGAGAGCAAGCCCAUUGUGACAGGCUCAGAGACUUUUGAGUCGCCAAAGUAUUUAAUGCUGGGCCAGCAGGCAGUAGGUGGAGUUCCCAUUCAACCUUCUGUGAGGACUCAGAUGUGGCUAACAGAGCAGUUACGGACAAACCCACUGGAAGGCAGAACCACAGAAGAUUCUUACAGUUUAGCUCCUUGGCAACAGCCACAAACUGAAGAGUUUCAGCAAGGAAGUGAGAUGCCAAUGCAGGUUUUGACUGGAUCAUCUCGUCAGAGUUAUUCACCUCCUGGCUUCCAGGAUUUCAGUAAAUGGGAAUCAGUGCUGAAAAUAAAAGAAGGACUUCUGAGGCAGAAGGAAAUUGUAAUUGAUAGGCAGAAGCAACAAAUUAACCACCUACAUGAAAGGAUAAGGGAUAAUGAACUACGGGCCCAGCAUGCUAUGCUAGGACAUUAUGUAAAUUGUGAAGACUCCUACGUGAGUAAUUUACAGCCUCAAUAUGAGAGCAGUUCAGGCCAGAGUCCAUUUACAGAGCAGCCAUUGUCCCAUCCCCACCAAGAAGAACUUGAGCAAAAGCUAGCAUCUACCGAGAAAGAAGUUUUGCAGCUCAAUGAGUUUCUCAAACAACGAAUAAGCCAAUUUAGUGAAGAGAAGAAGAAAUUAGAGGAAAAGCUGAAAACCAGAGAUAGAUACAUCAGCAGCCUGAAAAAGAAGUGCCAGAAGGAAUCUGAGCAAAACAAAGAGAAGCAGAGGAGAAUUGAGACCUUGGAAAAGUACCUGGCAGACCUUCCAACUCUAGAUGACGUACAGAGUCAGAGUCUACAGCUUCAAGUUCUUGAGGAAAAAAACAAGAAUUUGCAAGAGACUUUGAUAGACACAGAGAAGGAGCUUGAGGAAAUUAAGAAGCAAUGUCAAGAUAAAGAAGCACAGCUACUGCGUCAGAAGAAGAAGGAAAAGGAGCUGGUAACUUCUGUUCAGAGCUUACAACAAAAAGUAGAAAAAUGCCUUGAAGAUGGAAUCCGCCUUCCCAUGUUAGAUGCCAAACAGCUUCAGAGUGAAAAUGAUAAUCUCAGAGAGCAGAAUGCAACCGCCAGUAAGAUAAUAGAGAGCCAGCAGGAUGAAAUUAACAGAAUGAUUUUAGAAAUUCAGUCUAUGCAAGGGAAACUUUGUAAAGAGAAACUGACUGCACGGAGUCCCGGGGAAGAGCUAGGAAGGAAAGAAGGAAGCCUCCAGAGGUUGACAGAAGCACUGCUUGAAAACCAAAGACAGAUGGGAGAGACGUACUCUUUAUUGGAUCAGGGCCAUGAAGCAGAGGAGUCUAGGCCACAGACCGUUCACUCUAAGUGGCCUCUCUUUGAUUUGACUGUGAUUGAUCAGCUGUUCAAGGAAAUGUCGUAUUGUUUGUUUGACUUGAAAGCAUUGUGUAGUAUUCUUAAUCAACGUGCUCAGGGCAAGGAGCCUAACCUCUCAUUGUUACUGGGAAUCCGAUCAAUGAACUGUUCAGCUGAAGAGACUGAAAAUGACCAUAGCCCAGAAACGCUCACUAAAAAGCUCUCGGAUGUGUGCCAGUUACGGAGGGACAUUGAUGAAUUGAGGACUACAAUAUCAGACCGCUAUGCUCAGGACAUGGGCGACAACUGUGUUACCCAGUGAUCAAGUGUUGGCCCACAGCAACAGUGACCCGUUAUGAAAUGCUGCUGUGUUGGACCCCUUUGUUUCUCUUUAGGAUGCACAAGGGAAAGGUGGCGCUCCUUGCCGUGCACUUGAGUUUGUUGGUGUUACACAUGCUUUCUGAAGGAAGUUUUAAAGGGACUGAUCAAAUCAGGCAAACAAAUCACGUUACUAAGGUCUGCAAGAAAAAGAACAAAAUAACCUGUAUUUUCAAACUACUGAUUGUAGGACCAAGCUGUGAACAGGGCCCUUCAGAUAAAGGUGUAGGACUUCCUUUACGCCUAUAAUUUUGUGUAUAAACAUGUGAGAGCUCAUUCAUUCUCUCACUUUCUCACUCUGUCGGUCUAUCUGUCUCUGUGUGUGCAUGCCCAUUCAUGUGCAUUUGCAUAUGCAUGGACUUUAUCCAUAAAAUAAUAGGAUUUCAAAGGUCAAAGCAAAGCUUUGAAAGAAACACACUAUUAAUUCUUCAUUUUGUAUAGAAGCAUGUAUUACAUUUUGGAAUUUUUAUUGGCAGGCCAACUAGAUCCAGUACCAAGGUGGUAUUAUAAUGUAUAAGGACAGCAAGCAAAAUCAUUUGUGUUUUAGAAAUUGACUGUACAGAGCUGUGCGGUGGAGAAAUUGGCUUCAUGUUGGCACUGAAGACAAGCCAGCUGUUUUCCAGAGUGGUUAUAGAUUGUCUUAGCAGUGUGAAACUUUAAUGUGAUGAUAUUUUCAUUGGCAAUGUAAUUUAUAUAUAAGAAAACCUAAGUAAUUGCAGUUAAUUUCAGCCCUCCCUUACUAUUUGCAAUUUUUGUUUAUGAUAUAUAUGUAAGUAGAGCCAUAUAUAAUUAGUUGAAGGCCUCUGGGGACUUCCAAUGACUAUUAUAAAAAGAAAGAUGACAGUGUAAUUCUGACACAUUUUAUCCACACUUCUGCAUUUAUAUUUGAACAGUGUCAUGCCUGAAUUAGAGUUAAACUACUUUAAGAGAAAGCAUAUGAAUUAAUAGUAGCAUAAUACAAAAUAAAUCUCAACGACAUUUUAAUUUCUUUUCUUAUAUUUAUUACGUCAGUUUGUCAUGGAGUAUGAAAUUGCUUAGGUUAGUCAUCUGGAGCACAGGGUACUACUAUGAAGCUCAACUUCACUUGAGCAGAUAAACAGUCACCUAUACUUUAAAUAAGUAUUGUCUCAUAUCAUUUUGUUUGUUUAGAAAGAUUAUGUAUUUUACUGCAGCCAGAUUUCAUUACAAUGUUUUCAAUAUGGGCAAAGUAUCACUCUAUGAAUUGGUUUGGCUGUCUUUCUCUCUCGCCCUCCAUACCUCCUUCCUUUUCCUUCCUUCCCCUUUUCCUUCCUUCCUUCCUUCCUUCCUUCCUUCCUUCCUUCCUUCCUUCCUUCCUUCUUCCCACUUUUCUUAGGCAGGACUACAGAGAUGAGAGAGUAAAGGCCAUAGAACCUGCAGGAUGGUUCUGCCUGCUGAGAAUUACACAUACCAGUUUUCUUGCUAAACUUAUUCUGGUGUAAAGUUUGUACCUAGAAAAGAUUUUUCUUAAUCUCAAUAGGAAGACUUAGUAGGGCAGACUCUUGAGGAGAAUGCUCAGGAAGACACUCAGUUCAGAAUGGGCUUGUAUUCUGCUGUCCAUAGUCACUUGAUAGGUAUAUUUCAGUAGAUCCUUAUACUAUAUCAUAGUGACAGAUUUGCCUUCCAUUUAGUGUUAAAUCCACCGUUCUCUUCUUGGAAUCUGGCUACUCAUAAAUCAGUGUAUUGGGGCGAUUAUGCAUUCCAGUUCCCUAACCCAGAGAGGAAUUAGCCACUUGAGAGUUUGGUUCUUAGUGAUGUGUUCAUUGGGUUUUAAGACUAGUACUUUUCAGGACAAUCAAAACGUUGAUUGUUGCAAAAAUAUAUGCCUUGCAGAAAGAAUGUCUGCGUAGAUGGUCCCAAGCUGUUAAGUCAGAUACUGGCAUUUACAUCACUCAACUGCAGUGCAGCAACUAACAUACUUACCUUCUCUUUGGAUAGAGCAUCAUCAUCCUGAGUUGAUUUCAGACAUAAAGAUACCUAAGACUAUAACACUAAUGUGUAACCAUUGCUGAUUUGUGUUAGCAGCUUCUUACAUCUCCAAAGUCCUAGCUUUUAAGUUUAUGUUUUGAGAUUUUAUAGUUACUGUUUUUAAAACAAAUUUAUGAU